AUGACAACAAUUUCUAACGGCACUAGUGGAUCGAUAUCGUUUGGAAUGGAGCAAACGGGGGAUGGUAGCAACACCGCUGGUUUCUCGGUAACCGAUUUACCACCCGCAGUACGAGCCGCAUUUUCAAAUCUUCGAUCGUUCAACAAGAUCCAACAAGCCGUUGCCCCAACGAUCCUGCAAACGGACGACUCGCUGGUGGUGAACGCACCGACAGGAUCCGGCAAAACGGUUAUCCUCGAGCUGGCAAUCGCAAAGAUAGCGAUGCAAUCUACUGGCGGUGGCGGCGGUAGUGGCUUCCGUAUCAUCUACCUUGCCCCCACGCGAUCACUGUGCGCCGAGAAAUACAGCGAUUGGAAGGCUCGUCUGGCACCGCUCGGUAUCGAAUGCAUCCAGUACGACGGUGAUAACUUAGUGGAGGACAUAAGCAAGCUAAGCAACUAUCAGCUUAUCCUCAGUACCCCAGAGAAGUGGGAAGUGUUCACCCGGCACUGGGCCGACCGGAAUGCAGCGACGGUGCUGCGCCCAAUCAAACUGUUCCUAAUCGACGAAGUCCAGGUGAUAGAGGAUAGCGAACGGGGAGCCAACCUGGAGCUUGUAGUAGCCCGUAUGAAGUACAUUGACACACGGUUGAACAGCCAGACGGAUUUGGGCACCGGUGAGCUAUCAGCAUCCACUACCUCGAUUCGUUUCAUUGCCGUGUCCGCUUGCAUCCCAAAUGUUGAUGACUUUGCUCGGUGGCUGCAGAACGAUCGAAAGGUGGUGCCUUUCAGCUUUGCCGAAACAGAUCGCCAGACUACGCUCGAACGGCAUGUGUUCGGUUAUCCGUACCACUCGAGUCCGUUCAAGUUCGAGCUAAACCUCAACUACAAGCUGCCGGACAUUAUCGCCCAGUAUUCCCGCUCUAAACCGACGCUUAUCUUUUGCUCCUCGCGCAAAAGUGCCGAAACGACGGCCAGCUUCCUAGCGCGCACCAGUCAGCCGCUGACGUUACCAUCGGUCCCGGUCCUACGGGAGAUUGGUUCCGGUUUGGUGGGAAAACAGCUGCAAGAGCUCAUCAGUAAAGGAGUGGCCUACCAUCAUGCCGGACUGUUGGCGAGUGAUCGGAUCCGGAUCGAAAGCAGCUUUCGCGAGGGACACCUCGGAGUGCUCUGUUGUACGAGUACGCUCUGUAUGGGCGUGAACCUACCGGCCUAUCUCGUCAUCAUCAAGGCCACCUUCAAUCAUAUGGGCAAGGAUUACGCGAACAACUAUCUACUGCAGAUGAUGGGCCGCGCGGGACGCUCCCAGUACAACGAACAUGGCGUCGCCGUUGUCAUGACAACGGAAGCGAACGUCGAACGUUAUCGGAAGCUGGUGAGCGAUACGCUACCGAUCGAGUCUCAGCUGCACCAGAAGCUACCGGAACUGCUUAACUCCGAGAUAGCGCACGGUAUCAUCUACGAUCGAGCGGCCGUCCACUAA